AUGCGAUCUCCAGAGCAUAAGAUUGCUCAGCCAAGAGCGGGGAAGCAGUUCGAGGAUGAAUUGCAGCUUAGGUACAUCGCUCCAGGGGCCUUCACGGUUCUACCGCCGGACGACAACCCUCCUGAUCCACCCCCUGCACCGGAGCCAUACAGAUUGACUCCGUCCACGAGGAGGCAAAAGAAUAAAGCAUUCGCGAUAAUCGGCGAAGUGGAUUCCAGCAGAGCAAACUCUAGAAGCCCCUCGCCUACUGGAAGAAUCAGCCCUUUUCGAGGACGAGGGUUCAAUCCAUCCGGAUCGAGAUUUGCAUCCCCCAGUCCAACACCCCCUCCACCAGAGGAUGCAAGGCUUACGCCCACAAAUCUGUCUCCCCAGCACGUUUCAAGAAUACCAAAACUUAAAAGAAAGGGGAGCUCAGCAGCGUUUGGAGACAAAGUUUUCCAUUAUGAUUCUUCCCCAACGAAAAGAAAACUUGAGAGUAAGUUAAGCCAAAGUUUGACCAACUUAGAACCGAAAAGGAACACAAAUAGGCCACCCCCAAGUCCAAGAAAGAAUGUACAAAGCAAGACUCCAGCUUUCCAGAAACUAUCGCCGAUAGCUGGCAGUUCCCCGGAACCAAGUCAAUCGUUGUCUUCCCCUUCAAGAAUACCAAAAAGUCGUAGCACUCCGCCAAGUAGAAGAUCUUCACCGACUAGGACUCCUUCAUCCGUUGCGCAUAAACCCCAAUCGAGGAAUACAAGCAGGGAAGCUAGUCCCACGAAAGAUCCCACAUCUCCUACUAGAAUUCCGGUUAAAUAUAAAAACGUUCAAGCUAAAGUCAAUAGUUAUGUUAAACCUAAACCAAAAGUGCCUCCAAAACCUCAAGUGCUAAGUGAACAAUCGGAAGAAUCAGACGUAGUUAAAGACACGAAAACUAAACCUAGUUUAAAUCGAAAGGAAAGUGUUAACAGAUUAAGGACAAACUCUAGGUUAAACUUAAUACAAAAAACUGACAACAAGAGCAAUAAUAUUAACAAUAAUGUAACUGGUGACAGUGUAGUAAAUAGAGCGAGUAAUAAAAAUAGUACUAAGACGAAUAACAAUAGUAGUAACACUAUAAAUAAGUCUAGUAAUAACUCCACUAGUAAGGUUGGAAAAGAAAAUGGUGAAGAAAACAAAGUCCUACAGUCACCAAAGAAGGAAGAUCGUAGACCGUCGCCAAAAAAGGAUGAACCUAAACUGCAAGGGUUAAAUGAAAAUGGAAAACGCAGCAGAAACAGUUCUCCUGCAAAAGGCAAUACCAGAAAUAAUUACAAAAAUACCGACAUAACUUCUGAUACAGAUACUUCAUACGAUAUCAAGGAAACAGCAGAUAGCAACGGCGAAGGAAAGCAGAUAAAAAGGACUGAAAGCUGUGUAAAGCUAGCUGAUAUAUUACCAUCAACGACAACAGUCGUUUCAAGUACAACCACCACCGUAACGCAACCGUUAAAAAUAGAUGCGACCGUUAACGCUAUUCCUAAACCAGAAAGGUCCAAGCAAGUCUCCCCCAUAGUCGACGGUAGGGUACUAAGCGCUACAAGCGUUUCUAAUGCCAUGAACAGGAUGAACGAUACAGUCUUGAAUACUCAGACUGUUAUUAAGGAUCACGGUUUUUCCCGACUAUCUCCAGCAGCAAAUGCAGUUAUUUCUAUGGCCAGUGAAACUGCUUUAGACACUAAAAAUGCCACCACUGCUCUACCGAUAGUUGAGCCGCUGUCUCACAAACCAGAGCACAAAGUGAUUACCCAAAUUAAGAUAAAUGAUCGUGGAAAUAACCAUACAAAUCAUUUAACCCACGCUGGGAUAAUUAGUGCGAAGGCUCUGGAAAUGGAAGUCCAGAAAAAUAUGAACAGGCUGAUCUCUCCAGAGCAUCUGUCAGGCAAUUCGAUCCAGAAAAGCGUGAACGACAGGAUCAUAGAGGCCAGGACCGUGGUCGCGGCUGAUGUUAAGCCAAUCAGGAUAACCGUUAAGGAGAAGCCUACCGAUGUCGAGGUGCAAAGCGGUAACAUAAGGCCGCCAGUUAGUGUUUCUAAUGGACUGAACGAAAGACCGAGUCUACCACCUGACCAGGCAUCGCCGCCAAAUGAGCCUGAAAAAGAAACGCCUCCAAAAAAUGCCUGCAGCAGGUUUUUUUCCAACUGCAAGAGCAAAAUGUCUUGUAAGUGUUGUAAGAAAGAAUCUAGUCCCGAAAUCCAGGACAAGGUACCAGUGGAACCUAAAGGAUGCUUCGGUUGUCUCAAGAAGAAGUCGCAGUCACCUGUGGUGAUAAACAUUGAGGAUGAAACUGGCAAAAAGACGAAACUGUGGGAUAAAUUGAAAUGUUGUAAUAAGCAUAAAGUUACGGAUACGAGUUGUUUUCCUAAAGGAAAAAGGAAAGACAGUUGGGUGGAGCGCAGGGACAGUAUUCUUGGCAGUCAGCAGGAACAACCCACCAGGUCUAAAUGUUCGAAAGAUUGUUGUAAAGAUUUCCUGAAAACAAUAUUCUGCAUCAACUUGUGUUGCAAGGGUAAGGCUUCAGAAGAUUCUAUUAGUCGAAAAGCUUCCAUAAAUAGUAAGAAGAAAAGUUUAACACCUACAUCUGUACCUCCCCCAGAGAAUACAAGAUCAAAAAUAGAUAUAAGUUUGGUAGAACAGACGUCUCAUAUGAGGGGAGCCAUACCAGCUCUUCCAAUUUGUUUGGCUUGGUUCUGUUUGGUUAUGAACUGCAUUGCACCCGGAACAGGAACCUUCUUCAGUGGACUAUUUUGUCUGUGCAUCGGCAAACCAAGAUUUUCUCAACGAGACGGGGCAAAACAGAGAUUUGGAUCGUUUAUAAUAAAUACAUUUAUAGGAUUCGGACAAUUCUUCACGGUGCUCUUCUGUCUUGUCGGUUGGGGUUGGUCCAUAUGGUGGGGUGUCAUCAUGGUAAAAACUGCCAAAAAAUACAAGAAACUGAAACUUCUGGAAACAAUGGAGGAAGAAAAUUCCCGACCGACGCCCGCUGUCAACCAAAAUCACCACUCGAGGGACCCCGUCAGGAACGCAUAAAUGUUUCCACGUCAUUCUAGGUACUCUUAAAAGGUUUUUCUAUUAAAUUUUUAUACGAGCUUUAAGUCACAAUAUUAAUAAGUAAACCGUGUAAAAAAAUUGUUAUGGAAGUCAUUUUUGCAGGUCGAAAAUGAUACUUGUAUUAAAUGUAGAUAAAACUACAACGCAAUUUUAAUAUGUGACACUAUUUUUUCUAAUGGAAUUUGUAGA